AAUUUAUAUUUUUGUUAAAUCAUAAAAGAUAGUAUUAAUUUAAAAUGUCUGCUGGUGAAAUUAAGAAAGAAAAUCCAGUACAAAUAUUUCAUACAUAUCCAUUUUGUAAAUUGAGUGAUAUGGCUGAUGAUAUUAAACAAGAGGCUAUGGAAUUAUGUACAACAGCUGCUGAAAAAUAUUCAACAAAUUAUGAACAUGCUGCUAAAAUGAUAAAACAAAGUCUUGAUCAAAAAUUUGGUCCACCAUUUCAAGUUGUUGUUGGUGAAUCAUUUGGUUUUUCUGUAACACAUCAAGAAAAAAUGUUACUUUAUAUGUACACUGGUGGAAAUAUUGCUAUUCUUAUUUGGCGAACAGUUGCUGAUUAUUAAAUAUAAAUAAAUUAUACAAAAAAAAUUUAUAAUUUUAUAUAAAUAUCA